ACAGGAGCUUUUUAGCUUUGGGAGAACAGCCGAGGAGCAGGAUUGUGAAUUUUGCGACUUAACGGGAGACACCAGAAAAGUUGAAAAGAAGAAGCACGGAGGUGACAGCCUGACACCGGGAGGGAGGGAAAGGAAGGAGGGAGGAGCCAGAGCGGAGAGAGAGAUAGAUAGAUAGAUAGGAAACAUGAAAGCCGAUGGACGUUGUUCGACUGGAGGUGUGUUAGCCUGAAACAAGAGAGCACCCGGCGGCACAAGAGAACCCGGGCGAGGCGGCGGAGAGCAUGAGUUCGGGCUUGUCCUUCAUGAUCGCUCUCUUCUGCUUGGGGAGCCUGCUGACCAUCGUCACCUGGUACGUGGUCGACGAUGACAGCGUGGUGGCCUCUCACAAACCGCCCCCUCAAAAGAAAAGUUCCCCUAAGCCUUCUGCGCUUUGUAAAGGCUGCAGGGAACUGAUUGACAACGUGCUAAAGCGCCACUCUCAAACCUGGAAGAGGAACGAUGAGAAUUACCGCACGUUUACCGCCAAGCUGAGCCGCUCGUGUCGGGGCUACGACAAGGCCAUCAUCACGCAGGGCAACACCCCCGUGGGGACCAAGAUCCAGUACGAUGGGGAAAAGUCCAGGACGCUACAGGUCACCCCCGCCAUUUUCAAAACAUUCAUUAAGGAGCAUCCGUUCUCCAACAGGACGUUUGACACGUGCGCCGUGGUCGGCAACGGCGGCAUCCUGAUGGACAGCGGCUGCGGGAAGAUGAUCGACUCGGCUCAGUUUGUGAUGAGGUGCAAUCUGCCGCCUUUGAACGACGAGUACAGCACGCACGUGGGCGUCAAGACGGACCUCGUGACGGCUAACCCGAGCAUCCUCAAAGAAAAGUACGGCUCCCUGAUGGGACGACGCCGCGACUUUGUGGAGAGUCUUCAAAGCUACGGAAAAUCCCUCAUCCUCCUUCCCGCCUUCUCCUACGGCAUCAACACGCCGCUGUCCAUGCGCGUCUCCUACACCGUCGAGGACUUCGGCAGCUCGGCACGACCCGUUUUCUUCAACCCGGAAUACCUCCGCAAUCUCUCCCAGUUCUGGUCCAACAACGGCUUGAAAUCGCACCGCCUCAGCACGGGCAUCAUGAUGGCCAGCAUGGCGCUGGAGGCGUGCGCCAAUGUGCAUCUGUACGGCUUCUGGCCCUUCAGCAACCACCCGCACGGACUUUACACGCUCACCAACCACUACUACGACGACAGGAAAGUCAACGCCAAGUUCCACGCCAUGCCGGUGGAGUUUGACAUGCUGCUGAAGCUGCACACUCAGGGCGUGCUACGGCUUCACUUAGGGGACUGUCACAGCGAGGAAAAGUAGUCCCCGAAAAAAAGGGACCACCCGUGUGACUGACUUUGCACUGAAUACCAAAGACUUUUAAAGGUUAUUUAUUAUCCAGCUGGAGUCUGGACGUUUCAAAGGAGAAGCCAUUUUGGGGGCCUUAGGGAGGUUUGAUGCCGUGCCUUGCUGUUGCAAGUGAAUGUAAAUGAAAAAUAAUAAUAAUCAUGUCCGCCAUUGUUUACAUGCUCCACAAACACCAGCACGUAUACUGUAGUGUAAUAUGUCUUUUUUUUUAUAUCAAAUUGGCUUUCUACUUUAUUCCUAACACGAGACUGGUGAUGGGUUUCGAUCACUGCGACCGCUGCUGGAAGCUAGCGUGUCUUAGCUGACAAGAACAGGGAGUAUUAGCGCCACACUGGGGAAAGAAAUAAAUAUUAUAUGAUGAAGUUAGAAAUAAAGAUGCCACACAAGUCUCAACAGUCAGGAUUUUCAAAGGAAAAAAUGCAAAUUUACAAGAAUAAAGUUAUAAUUAUGAAUAUUACAACAAAAGCCUCAAAAUAGGAGCGUCACAUUCAAAUUUUCUAUCAGUUUUUUUUUAAAGCGGAAGUAUUCACAUAAUAUGUUUGUAAUUUUGCAAGAAAAAAAAUCCUAAGAGUAUAUGGGAUUUUGUGGGGAUAAAUAUAAUAUAGCAAAAUUUGAGAAUUUUGUGCUUAAAAAGCAAAGUCAUAAUUUUGCGACAAAGUGUUGGGAGAAUAUUGGAGGAUUUUUGGGGUUAAAAUGUUUGAAUAAGAGACUGAAUAAUAUAUAUAUAUAUUUUUUAAACGGAAGUAUUCACAUAAUAUGUUUGUAAUUUUGCAAGAAAAAAAAUCCUAAGAGUAUAUAACAUUGGGAUUUUAUGCGGAUAAAUAUAAUAUAUAACAAAAUUUGAGAAUGUUUUUGUGCUUAAAAAUCAAAGUCAUAACUUUGCGACAAAGUGUUGGGAGAAUAUUGGAGGAUUUUUGGGGUUAAAAUGUUUGAAUAAGAGACUGAAUAAUAUAAUAAAAAAAAAAAUAUAUAUUUUUUUUUUAAAGCGGAAGUAUUCACAUGAUAUUUUUGUAAUUUUGCAAGAAAAAAAAAUCCUAAGAGUAUAUAACAUUGGGAUUUUAUGGGGAUAAAUAUAAUAUAUAGCAAAAUUUGAGAAUGUUUUUGUGCUUAAAAAGCAAAGUCAUAAUUUUGCGACAAAGUGUUGGGAGAAUAUUGGAGGAUUUUUGGAGUUAAAAUGUUUGAAUAAGAGACUGAAUAAUAU